AUGCUCCGGCUCCCUCUCCCUCUACGAGCAUUGUGCCUCUUCUACAUCGCCCUAUCUGCGUCUGUCCGCGCCGCAGAUCCGCAAGCCCCCUUGUCUUCCCAAAAGCGUCGUGGCUACAAAACGGGCGACCUUCUCCCUGUCUCCUGUCUCAAUCGCACAAUCGACACAGGCGAGCACAUUACCGAUUCGCACGGCAACCUGCAAUACAUCCCCUUCCCGACCUGCAAUGAGACAUCCCAGCCCCUGGCCUUCCCCUACAACACGCCGCUCACGCAGACCUGCACCAUCGACUCCCUCCCCGACGAGCUCUAUCAUCUGAUCGAGUUCUUCGUCCACAGCGACGUGCCCCUGACCUGUCGGGUACCCACCUACCCGCUCGACGCCACCGACGCGCUCGAAAGCGGCACCUCGGCCGGCGUAGGCUCCACGUCCGACGUGGACACCUGGACCCCCUUCACCAUCGCCGUGCAGGGCACGCUCCAGACCUCGCAUCUGCACCUACACACCAACAUCAACGUCCUAUUCCACACCUCCAUCGACGACCCCGUGUCCUCUUCCACCACCACCAGCAAAAAACCCAAGAAUGCGCCCGCGGCGCCGCAGUCCCACCUGAUCGCCUCCGCCGCGUACAGCGUGCCGAACCCCAGCCUCUCGUCGCCCAAGGAGGGAGUCAAGAUCAUCCGCUACGAGCCCCUGGAGUUCACGUUCAAUGUCGCGUGGGUGGACGGCGACGUGCUGCCGGGCAUGGUGGGGCGGCCCGUCCUGGGCGUCCGGGACCACAGCGUGGGCUUCAGCCUGCUGAGCUUGAUGGGGUUGGCGGCCGCGGCGGGCUUUGGCGCCCUCGGCAUGCUGUUGUGGGAGCGCAAGAAGAGCGGGCGGACGAGAGGGAACGGGUUGUUGGGUGGGAAUGUUGGCGCUGGGGGCGGCGUUGGCGGGAUGGGAAACGGGGGUGUGGUGAGGAGUUCGGGGUAUGGGGGGUACGGGGGGUAUGGGGGCUAUUCUAACGGGAUAGGGAAGAGAGACUGA